CUAGGUAGACUCCAUAGAGGGCAGGACUAUAUCAGAGCAUAUUGUGUUGUGCUUUUCAGCUUCAAAAAGUGUGUCAAAAAAAGAGAGUUAAGUACACCAAUCUCUCUCUUCUCUCUCUUUCAUGUUCCUGCAGAAACAAUAUGCUGCAUGCUAGCUGCUGAUAAUGAACUAUAAAAAAAAAUAAUUGAAGCCUUUUCGAUUCUUGCAGAAGAAUGGAGGAUAUAUAUGAGAAGUAGCCAUUGAAGACCACCAAAAUUCAACUCUGUAUGUAUAGAUUCUGCAGAAAUUAAAGUAUAGAGAGAGAGAGAGAGAUUAGAUAUGGCUUUGGAAGCACUUUCUACCACUCCUUGCAAUAAUGACCCCUUCAAUUUCAUAUUCUACGAUGCCACGCUGUCCGCCGGCGCCGGCGCCGGAAAUAACGGCUUCUUCUCGGAAAACGCCUGCCCGGAGAUUCAAGAUUUGACCGCCGGCGGCGUGGGUGGUGGUUUAAAUGGCGGUUGCUCCGCCGUGGUGGCCGGGCGGGACGGUAAUUUAUUGGUGGGGGAGGCGGAGGGGCGGGAAGGAGGUGGCGGCGGGGGGCGGAAGAAGCGGCGGAGGCGGCCGAAGGUUUGUAAGAAUAAAGAGGAGGCUGAGACUCAGAGGAUGACGCACAUUGUCGUGGAGAGAAACCGCCGGAAACAGAUGAAUGAACACCUCGCCGUGCUCCGGUCUCUCAUGCCGGAAUCUUAUGUCCAAAGGGGUGACCAAGCCUCAAUAGUUGGAGGCGCUAUAGAAUUUGUGAAAGAAUUAGAGCAUCUCUUGCAAUCCCUGGAAGCUGAAAAGCUCCGAUUACAACGGCAACAACAACCGGCCGCCGGCGACGGUGCAACGGCAACCUGCAAGACCGAUGACUUAGCCGUCGCCUCCGGCUCCGUCGUGAACCCAUUUUGGCAAUUCUUCGCGUACCCACAGUACACGUGCUCGUCGCCGCCGUUGAUUCCCAACAAAUGCACCUCUAAAACCACGGCGGCCACCGCCGACAUCGAAGUAACGUUGAUCGAAACGCAUGCAAACGUUCGAAUUCUGUCGCCGAGGAGAAAAGCUCGGCAGCUGUCGAAAAUGGUGGCCGCCUUUCAGACAAUAAUGUGCAUGUCUGUUCUCCACCUUAAUGUCACCACCUUCGAUCGUUUGGUUCUCUAUUCUAUCAGCGCUAAGGUGGAAGGGGGUUGCCAACUAAGUUCUGCAGAUGAGAUAGCAGAGGCAGUUCACCACAUUCUCAGAGGAAUAGAGGAAGAAGAGGUCACUAUAAUACCCUAAGCUCAUCAUCAUCUUCUUCACUAUUAAGCUGCCUUCAAGCUAGGGCACCCCACAGUAUUAUUCAUUUUUUUUUUUUUUUUUUUUUUUUUGGUGUGGCUAAGCUAGUUUCAGUGAAACAUCAUCUCUCUCUCUCUGUCUCUGUACUCUCUGAAUGUUGAUUAGAGUUUUUUUGUCCUUC